UUUAGCCAAUGGACUAAGUGGGACGGACGGGAGGCGGGGCUUUUUUUAACCAAUCGGCGGGCGCGUCCUCCUUGCCGCUCUAUGCCGCUCCGCCCAAGCUCGCUGGUCCCAGAAGGCGCCGGGUUUCCCAAGAUGGCGGCCGACGUGUCCGUUACUCACCGGCCCCCGCUGAGUCCAGAGGCUGGGGCCGAGGCUGAAGCCAAUGAUGCCUCGGAACGCCGGGCGCCCGAAGAAGAGCUGCAGCCGCUAGAUCCAGAAGAGAUCCGGAAACGCUUGGAACACACCGAACGGCAGUUCCGUAACCGCCGCAAGAUACUGAUCCGGGGCCUCCCGGGGGACGUGACCAACCAGGAAGUACACGACCUACUCAGCGACUAUGAGCUCAAGUACUGUUUUGUGGACAAAUACAAAGGGACAGCCUUCGUGACCCUACUGAAUGGAGAGCAGGCAGAAGCUGCUAUCAGUGCUUUCCAUCAGACCCGCCUGCGGGAGCGCGAGCUGUCGGUGCAGCUGCAGCCCACGGACGCCCUGUUGUGUGUGGCCAACCUGCCCCCCAGCCUCACGCAAACACAAUUUGAGGAGCUGGUGCGGCCCUUCGGCAGCCUGGAGCGCUGCUUCCUGGUCUACAGCGAGCGCACUGGCCACUCUAAGGGCUAUGGCUUUGCUGAGUACAUGAAAAAGGACUCGGCUGCCCGCGCCAAGUCGGACCUGCUGGGCAAGCCGCUGGGCCCGCGCACACUCUACGUGCACUGGACAGAUGCUGGGCAGCUGACGCCUGCCCUGCUCCAUUCCCGAUGCCUCUGUGUCGACCGCCUGCCGCCUGGCUUCAGCGAUGUGGAUGCCCUACGCCGGGCACUAUCUGCCGUCCACACGCCUACUUUCUGCCAGCUGGCAUGUGGCCAGGACGGGCAGCUGAAGGGCUUCGCAGUGCUGGAGUAUGAGACAGCAGAGAUGGCUGAGGCGGCACAGCAGCGGGCUGAUGGCCUGGCCCUGGGGGGCAGCCACCUGCGUGUAUCCUUCUGUGCCCCGGGGCCCCCUGGACGCAGCAUGCUGGCUGCACUCAUCGCUGCCCAGGCCACGGCCCUCAACAGGGGUAAGGGGCUGCUGCCUGAGCCGAACAUCCUGCAGCUCCUGAACAACCUGGGCCCGUCUGCCUCCCUCCAGCUGCUGCUCAACCCUCUGCUCCAUGGCGGUGCCGGCGGCAAGCAGGGCCUCCUGGGCGCCCCCCCAGCCAUGCCACUGCUUAGUGGGCCUGCUCUGUCCACAGCACUGCUCCAGCUCGCCCUGCAGAGCCAGAGCCAGAAGAAACCCGGCAUCCUGGGGGACUCACCCCUAGGCACCCUACAGCCUGGGGCCCAGCCAGCCAGCCCUCUCCUUGGCGAGCUGUCUGCAGGGGGGGGACUGCCCCCGGAACUGCCAUCUCGGCGAGGGAAGCCACCACCCCUGCUGCCACCACUGCUGGGCCCCUCUGGGGGAGACCGGGAGACCAUGGGCCUGGGUCCCCCAGCAGCUCAGCUCACUCCACCCCCUGCCCCUGUGGGACUCCGAGGCACAGGCCUCAGAGGCCUGCAGAAGGACACUGGGCCCUUGCCCACACCGCCUGGGGUGUCGCUGCUGGGGGAGCCCCCCAAGGACUACCGGAUCCCACUGAACCCCUACCUGAACCUCCACAGCCUGCUUCCAGCCAGCAGCCUGGCAGGAAAGGAGACCCGGGCCUGGGGCAGUGGCUCAAGAGGCCGCCGCCCAGCUGAGGGUCCCCCUCCAAACCCCCCUGCCCCUGCUGGGGGCAGCAGCAGUAAAGCCUUCCAGCUCAAGUCCCGCCUGCUCAGCCCCCUUGCCAGCACCCGCCUGCCCCCUGAGCCAGGGCUGCCUGACAGCUAUGGCUUUGACUACCCCUCGGACUUGGGACCUCGGCGGCUCUUCUCCCACCCACGGGAGCCAGCCCUAGGACCUCACGGGCCCAGCCGACACAAGAUGUCUCCCCCACCCAGCGGCUUCGGAGAUCGGAGUGGUGGAGGAGGCGGGGGGCCGCUCUCUCACUUCUAUUCCGGCUCCCCCACUUCCUACUUCACCAGUGGCCUGCAGGCCGGCCUCAAGCAGAGCCACCUCAGCAAGGCCAUCGGCUCCUCCCCGUUGGGCUCCAGUGAGGGGCUCCUGGGCCUCAGUCCCGGGCCCAAUGGCCACAGCCCCUUGCUGAAGACCCCACUGGGCGGCCAGAAACGCAGCUUUGCCCACCUGCUGCCCUCGCCAGAGCCCAGCCCGGAGGGCAGCUACGUGGGUCAGCACUCCCAGGGCCUCGGUGGCCACUACGCAGACUCCUACCUGAAGCGGAAGCGGAUUUUCUAAGGGCAGCUCUACUGACACUCCAGGGCCUGCACCGGAUCGCUUUGGGCUUUUUUGCUCUGUGCUUCGUGGAAUUUUUUUUUUUUUUUUCCAACUUACUUUCUUUGGGUAAUAGAGAAAUCUCAGAAAGACUUUGCUGACUGACCAGCCGGAGCCCAAGAAAUGGGGGACCAGCUCCCAGCACGGAAGCCCCACAGCCUUAGGAGAGGGGCCUGGCCUGCUCUCUCUCCCUCCCUGUCUCCCAUCCUCCUAUGCCUGGCUCUUGGGGAGUCCUCUCCUGCCUCGCCACUCCUGUGUUUUGGCCUUUCGAGUGCCUUGGAGGUCUCCCUGACCUCCCGUGAGGAUCAGAGACUGCCCCCUUUUUUAACUUUUGACAAUGGACUUUGGUUUCAUUUUCUAAUUUUUUUUUUUUUUUAAACCAUCAGGAUGCCCCCAGCUCUGAUUCCUUCAAGAUCUGGCCUACCUGGGCCCCCAUUCCACACUGCAGUAUGAAAUGGCUCAACCCUUCUCUCUUUUCCCCGUGUCAGCUGCAGGCAUUACUGUCUCUUGCCCCUGCCUGCUCACUCUGGCCAGUACCCCAGCCCCAACUCCCUGCAAUGGUCCCCUUGCCUCCUGAUGCCUUAAAGUUGGGCUGCAGGCCCCACUGGCCAGAGCCUCUCAGAUGCCGAGCUCCAGAAGCUUGACUCAGGACCAAACAGCUCUGGCCUAGGGAUUGGGCCCCUCUACCAAGGUCUCCACUCUUGGGACAGUAGAAGGCCAAAGCCUUGGUCUUGGCAAAACCUCCCACCCCACACCUUUCUGCCCAGGCCUAGGUGCAGAGAUGGACCUUCCCUGCCAGCUUCAACAGUCCCCUUGCUGUCUGUGGCAGUUGGCAACUGCCCAUGUCACUGAGCCUCUGCUCCCCCCUCCCUCCUUGAAAGUGAACCCCAUCCCCAUUACCAAGCCAGAUCACCCGGAGCUGGCCUCCUCUCUGCUCAGUGCUGGAAACCGAUGACUGUGCAGACAAGCUCUGCACUACCCGCCAGCAAGACCUGAGGUGGCCCUAGUCCCUGCCCUUAGCCAGCUGGGCCACCAGCUUCCCUCCCCUGACUGGGGGCCCACAUCCACUCCAGGGGGGUGUCCUCCCCAUUCUUUCCACACAGAC